AUGGAUGGGGAACUAGAUGAACAAGUGGUCGAUAUACUGAGAGCAAAUAAAUCAAUUGAGGACUUCAUUAAAUCGGGAAAGUCUUCCCAGUUGAUCUGUGAAGGUGACACAAUUUUGGAAGGUUCUAUCUCCAAUGACUCGUUCAAGACAAAAACCAAAUGGGACUCGCUCAUUGAAUGGCAAAGAGAAUGGAGGGGCAAGUUGAGAGACAGGAGAACAAACCUUGUACAUCUAAACGAAAACGUACCCAAGAAGACACCAUUGACAGUGAAAAAAAAUUACGCUAAACAGAGACUGAUCUACAAGAAGAAAUUUCAAAAAUUCGGAGCCGAGGUCGUGCCAACUUUCCACUCCAAAGUCAACUUUCUCGUUCUAAAUACUGAUGCAGAUACGAAACCCAUUAUCAAAAACCCAACAGUGAAGAUUUGGAAUUUGGACAAAACUUCACGAUUUUUCCAAAGGCUAGAGAUAGACGCGAAAAAAAUGGCAACUGCCGAGGAAGACGAGAUAGGGGAAAGAAACUCUGAUGUCCAAUAUUUCGAUAAAGACCCACAUGUUUACCUUUACGACAUUCUGCAGGAUUACAGACCCUUGAUAUGUCUACGGUGGACGAUCGAGGAGCUUAAUUCCAAAGACGACUUACCGUAUCCAACUCUAACAUCUUUGGGGAGUUACGGAGCUUGCCCAUUCAAUCGACGAAAUAAAUCUAGUGAGACAAAUCACAACACGGUUAGGAAAAGAUACUUGAGGGAUGCCUUCAACAAAAAGUAUGCGCGGAAACUGAAAAUUCUGUACCAGAAGCAAGCAAAACCGGCAGAGUCCCUGUUGCCGGCGCAUUAUGACGAAGUUGCUUGUUUAGAAAUACCCCACAACAGUCGUGAUUCUAGCAAACUAUUCAAUGAGUUAGAGUCUCGCAUGCUGAAGAGAAGGCAGUCUUCGAAUUUCAAGUUUAUGAGUUUCACUGAGAGAGAUGAUGGGAUGGUUCGCAUGAAAGCUGAUACUGGAGUCACAAGAGAUGAAUUAGCGGAUAUAUACGAGGAAGACGACUCCGAUGAUGACCGUUACACAAAUAGCACUUCCGAAACUGAGGCUGGUAGUGAUGAGAAGCCACUAUCCUCGUCAUGCAACUUCCAAACGAGAACAGAUUUGGUAAAUGGAGUUAAUGCAAGCAUACACACCAUUUCAGACACCAAAUGUGUUGAACUCUCCUCGGCACCGAAAGAAUACAACUAUUGUGAAAACUGUUCUAUGAAAUAUAACGAUUUGAAAGAACAUAGAAACACUGUAUCGCAUACAGAAUUUUCCAAUGAUAAUUCCAAAUUCGCUGUACUAGAUGCAUUUUUGAGUCGGUUCGUUAAAAGUUGA